CGUCAGAAAACGAAAUCCCUAUGGUAAAAAAGCAUUAGAAAUCUGCCGAAGUGGUGAAGAGGACUUGCUGGUGAAAGACGGAACAAUCGCCAGCGCUGAGCAUGCCUAGAAGCAGCGUACUUACUCCUUCCGGUAACCGGUUUCCAUUUCUAUUUGGCUUUCAGAGCGGCGUUUCCAGGACAAGAUGAAGUCCCUUGUAGUGUUCGAUUUCGACCACACGUUAGUGGACGAUAAUAGCGAUACGUGGGUGAUAAAAUGCGCCCCUAACCAAAGUCUACCAGCCUGGCUCAAGAACUCGUACCAAAAAGGACGCUGGACUGAAUAUAUGGGGCGAGUGAUGUCUUAUUUAGGAGAACAGGAAGUUAGCCGCGACACUGUUCGAAGUGUCAUGGAAACCGUGCCUUUUACAGACGGAAUGGUCGAGCUUUUAACAUACAUCUCUCAAAACAAAAAUAACAUUGACUGCAUCAUCAUCUCCGAUUCCAACUCCCUCUUCAUUGACUGGAUUCUUGGAGCAGCUGGUGUCAAAACGGCGGUUGACGAUGUCUUCACGAAUCCAGCCACCUUUGACGACCGAGGCUAUAUGUCAGUGCAGUGCUAUCAUGCUCAUGAAUGCGGUCAGUGUCCUGUCAAUAUGUGCAAGAGGAGUGUGCUGGAUGACUUCAUAAAAAACAAGAGGCAGGGCGGUGUGCAGUAUGAGAGGAUCUGCUAUAUCGGCGACGGAAGGAACGAUCUUUGCCCCGUAAAGAUUCUCAGAGAAGGGGACUUGGUAAUGGCGAGAAAGGGAUAUACGUUGGAGACGCUUCUCUCAUCAGCACGGGUCUCGGAGAAUUGUUUACUGAAGCCACGAGUUGUUGUGUGGUCAAGCGGAUUUGAAAUCCUAAAUGAAAUUAGUAAAUUGAUUAAUUAAUGUAUACCUGUCAUUACAAAAAUAUCUACACAAGCUAGUAUUAAUACUUA